UUCGUAAACAAUUGCAAAGACAUUUUCAAUCUACCGGACAACUGUAUGCUAAAAUGCAAUAAAAAGGCAAAUAACAUACCUGAUUGAACGCAUCUUCGAACCGAAGUGUACCUCAGGCUGACAAUAAUAUGCUUAAUAGUUCUCGAAGAACGUGGACGUGCUCAAAAUGCUCCUAUGCAUAUAAUCGCAUUUGGACAGACAGUUGUGAGAUUUGCGAGUCAAUUCGUAGUCAACCAACAGCGGAGCAGCCCAGUCUAAUAACAGUAACCAAACUGGAAACCUCAGUAACAGCUAGUGAUCGGAAUGAAACUCAAUGGACGUGCAAAAAGUGUACAUUGGUAAACGAUCCAACCGCAGUCGCCUGCGCAGUGUGUGGAGGUUCAAAGUUGCGAAGUAUUUGCUCAGUUGAGGACAUGACUUUAAGAAAAGGUGAAUUUUGGACCUGCAGCCAGUGUACUCUAAAAAACUACCUUUCUACCGGAGUAUGUAGCGCUUGUAAAUCCGUACGAUCGCUACCCAUUGACACCAAAAGAGUGCAGCUUAAUGAGCUCAAUACUGAAGAAGUCGUUGCUUCUAAUUCUGUAGAAGUCCACCCAUCGUUUGCGCAACCUGUUGUAAACACAGUCAAUUUACAGCCGAACUCUACUCAGGUGUCGAGAAGCCCAUCACCAAAACAAGUUCGGAGUUCAUCAGGGGCAAUACCUAAGAGGCACAGCACGGGCAGUAGUAUAUCGACGCGGAAUGUGGGUGCUGAUAUGACUACCGUUUCGCCGCCAGCAUCACAUUGCGCAGGCAGCCAGCAUGCAACCACUUCAAGCAGAAUCAGUAGUAUUACUCCAUCCAAAAUGUGGCAGUGUCCAGCUUGCACAUAUGAAAACUGCUCUGCAUCGGUUGUUUGCGACAUGUGCUCCAGUCCUAGAGGGUUAGCCAGCAGCUUAAAUGAGGUCACAUUCCCAAUGUCUGGAAAAAUUGUUACGGACAUUCGGCAGGAAAGCAAGCUAAUGGAAAAUUUAAGACAAAAUGAAGAAAAUGAGGCUCUAAAUAAGUGGAAAAACAUUAUUCAGUACUGUAGCGAUAACAAUGAACUUUUCGUUGAUGAUUCAUUUCCUCCAGCACCUAAGAGUCUGUAUUACAAUCCAACAAAUAGCAUCCCUGAUGGUAAUCCAGUUGUGCAAUGGCGACGUCCUCAUGAAAUAAAUUUUGAAGGGGGGACUUUUCCCCCUUGGGCAGUGUUUAGGACUCCCCUUCCGUCGGAUAUAUGUCAAGGUGUGUUAGGAAAUUGCUGGUUACUCAGUGCACUUGCUGUAUUGGCAGAACGUGAAGAUCUAGUUCGAGAAGUGUUAGUGACGAAAGAAAUAUGUUUGCAAGGAGCCUACCAGGUACGCCUAUGCAAAGAUGGCAAAUGGAUAACAGUAUUGGUUGAUGAUUUAUUACCUUGUGAUAAACGCGGCCACCUUGUUUAUUCACAAGCUAAAAGAAAACAACUUUGGGUCCCUUUAAUCGAAAAAGCUGUCGCGAAAAUUCACGGAUGUUAUGAAGCCCUCGUGUCUGGGCGCGCGAUUGAAGGCUUGGCAACCUUAACGGGAGCACCUUGCGAAAGCAUUCCUUUGCAAGCAAGUUCGCUACCAAUGCCUAGUGAAGAUGAAUUAGAUAAGGAUUUGAUCUGGGCGCAACUGCUGAGUUCUCGAUGUGUUCGAUUUCUGAUGGGCGCUAGUUGUGGCGGAGGAAACAUGAAGGUAGAUGAAGACGAAUAUCAACGAAAGGGUCUCCGCCCUAGGCAUGCGUACUCCGUGUUAGACGUUAGAGAUAUUCAAGGACAUCGUUUACUAAAACUACGCAAUCCCUGGGGUCAUUACUCAUGGCGUGGAGAUUGGUCCGACGAUUCAGAGCUCUGGACAGAAGAUUUACGAGAGGUAUUAAUGCCACACGGUGCGUCAGAAGGGGUUUUUUGGAUCUCGUUUGAGGAUGUAUUAAACUAUUUUGACUGCAUAGAUAUAUGCAAAGUGCGCUCCGGUUGGAAUGAGGUUAGAUUACAGGACACACUGCAGCCGUUGUGCUCAAUUUCAUGUGUUUUGCUGACGGUAUUGGAACCAACGGAAGCCGAAUUUACACUUUUUCAAGAAGGGCAACGGAACUCUGAAAAAUCACAGCGAUCGCAGCUGGAUUUGUGUGUUGUGAUAUUUCGAACACGCUCGGCGGUGUCACCAGAAAUUGGAAGACUAGUGGAGCAUAGCAAACGUCAGGUUCGCGGAUUUGUUGGCUGUCAUAAAAUGUUGGAACGUGAUAUAUAUUUACUAGUUUGUCUGGCAUUUAAUCAUUGGCAUACUGGGAUCGAAGAACCUCAACAAUAUCCCCAGUGCAUUCUAGCAAUACACAGUUCAAAACGCCUACUCGUGGAGCAAAUCACACCUUCGCCGCAUUUGCUAGCUGAUGCCAUAAUAAGUCUGACUUUGACAAAAGGCCAACGCCACGAAGGAAGAGAGGGAAUGACUGCCUAUUAUCUAACAAAGGGAUGGGCUGGUUUGGUGGUUAUGGUUGAAAAUCGUCACGAAAAUAAGUGGAUACAUGUCAAAUGUGACUGCCAAGAAAGCUACAAUGUUGUAUCUACAAGAGGUGAAUUAAAGACGGUUGACUCGGUCCCACCUUUACAACGGCAAGUUAUCAUUGUUUUAACUCAGCUAGAAGGAAGUGGUGGAUUUAGUAUUGCUCAUCGGCUAACACAUCGACUUGCAAACUCCAGGGGACUUCACGACUGGGGGCCUCCAGGAGCAACGCACUGCCCGCCAAUAGAAAAUGUUCAUGGACUACAUGCGCCUCGUUUGAUUACCUAAAUCUCCAACAUUCUAGUCAACGUUUUGCGUAACUGAUAUACACAUAAAUAUUUAUAGAUACAAGGACGAGUAUACGUAGGUUUAAUAAAUAAUUUGAAUGUUUUGUUUUCCUAAUAAUGUAAGGCAAAGUGAAUAAAUAUCAAGAAACAUAA